UGAACACUCAUAUACAAGAAGAUUUAGUUUCUUAUUUAAAGUUAACCAAUGAAUUCAACAUUUCUUCAUGUCUAAGGAUUAUGUAUGCUGAUGAAUUAGGUGAUCAGAGGAAACAUUUAUAGAUUUGUCAGUAAAUUGUAUGAAAAUAGUUUUAUUGAGUUGUAAGUCUUGUUCAUGCUGUGGAUGUACUAACAAAAAAGGAGACGGAGAAUUUUUAUCAUAACAUCAAUCAGGAUAAAGGUUUUGUGUGUGUUGCUGUUCCACGAUGACUAUGCACAUGGUGCAGAAUCAGAUGACGCCGACGUACCAGUAUGCGGCGCCAACGCCUACAGCCCUGGAGGAAUACACUGGUCAUCCCCAGGUCGUAGUUAGUCAACCCACCACAGUAGUGUCCGCUGAAGCAGCCCCACCCCUACAGUUCAAACCCCAGGACACGCCCUACCCUGUCACCACGGUAACUCCCAACGGGGGCGUGGAGCAGCAGACGGUAAGGCCGCCAAGACAGAUCAAUCAAACAGACCUAGAGGAGGGAUCACAAGUACAGGUGUCGCCAUCUGUGGCAGCAGCUGCAGCACAGAACCUUGCAAUUGGGCCAAAACGUCUUCAUGUGUCAAAUAUUCCAUUUAGAUUCAGAGAAGCAGACUUAAAAAACUUACUAGGGCAAUUUGGUAAAAUCAUAGAUGUUGAAAUUAUCUUCAACGAAAGGGGAUCAAAGGGAUUUGGUUUUGUAACUUUCGAAACUAGCGCGGAGGCUGACCGAGCACGAGAGAAAAUGAACGGCACUGUGGUUGAGGGAAGAAAGAUUGAGGUUAACAAUGCCACUGCCCGAGUUAUGACCAAAAAAACUGUCGCUGCUCCCACAAUCCCAAAUGGAUUUCCCCAAGCAGUUGCCGGCAAUCCCAGCGCUGCUGCAGCAUUACGAGGUGUGGCCUUGACCAGAGGACGGGCGGCAGCUGCCGUUGCUGCACGUGGAACAUACGCAAAUGUAGCCGCAGCUGCAGCGGCUGCAGCAGCAUUUCGUCACCCAACACCUUUAGCGGCCACCGCUACAGCGCUGCCUUACACUGCGGGCAUGUACCAGGACCCGUUCCUAGCGGCAACGUAUGCAGCCGCUGAAAGAUACCAGCUCCCCCAGUUGGUGACGACACAACCCUACCCCACAGCGGCUGCAGGCUAUGCUACCGCUGCCACUCGCUACGCAAUCCCUGCCGCCAUGGCUGCCACAGGAGCAACAUAUGCUGCUGCAGGGUCCAUUCCGUAUGCUGGGAGAGAAUAUGCGACAGACCCCUACCUUGGACACAGUAUUGGACCAGUUGCUGGUUAUGGAGCCACAGUGUAUCGCGGGGCCUAUCAGAGAUUCACACCCUACUGAUGUAUAAGAGGUCAAUGUGAGAGAUAGGAUUGGAAAGGAGUUGGCAAAACAAGCAGCGGUCAUGUGAUAAACUCUGCAGUGUUGUCAUGUUGAACUGUAGAGCCAAGGCGGAGCUGACAUCAACAGUAUUCGCCCUAUUUAACUCUCAGACCAGACUGUGAAGUGCAAUGUUCUCAUCAGUGCUGAAUUGGUGCUUUUUCACUUUAUUUUGUAAUAUUUGAUUGUAUGUUUUUAUUUUUAAAAUCAGCACUGAUUGGAGAUUUUGAAAUACUUGCUGCCAUUUUUAAGAUUCUUCCAUUCUGAUUGGUUCAGUCCUUGAAAUGUGAAUCCCCUUGAGAUCAUUGGAAAAUACCUCAAUGCUUCCAUUGUGCUGAAACAGUUUUGUUGGGUUUGUUUGGGAGGAAAUUGAGGGGUUUUACUGCAUCCACAUGCAACUGUCAGUAUUAAAUCAAAAUUUUUCAUUAUUGGAUGCAACUGUAAGUUUGUUAUUGCCGUUAUGUAGUUGUGUAGUUGGUCAGACCUAGGUUCGAUAUAGGUGAGACCUGCUACAGGUUAUGUGUGUUGUCGGGACGACAAGGACAGACUAGUAAUAUCUGUCAACCAUUGUUCCAAAGUCAUUAUUUAUUAUAUACAAACACUCUUAUUUAUUCAUCUGUAUAUAUAUUAUGAAAACCACUGGAGCAUUUCAAGGACUGAACCAUGGCUACGCAUCAUUAAUCGUACUAUCCACUCGAUGAUCAUGGUGUAUGGUUACUGGUGACAGAAGAUAGAAUGAGUGGUGGGGCCGUUUGGGUCAUGCGUUUGGAUUAUACACUUAUUAUUGAUGAUGAAUGUACAUACUAAAUACUCAUAAUGCAGUAAGCUUUAUUUUGAACAAAUGCAUCUAGUCAAAUUCACACUGUUUUACCUCAUGCCAACCUAAGUUAAGGGGUGAAUCAUCCAACAUGAGCACUGGUACUGGUCACACACACUAGCGUCUUGUGCUGUUAAUUUGGGCCCUGCCAAUGAGUCAUGUCACUGGUAAAAAGCAGCAGUGACGUUAAAAGAUAACGUGAAACCUAAUACUGUAUUGGAUUCAAUGUCAAUAUUUGAUAAGUCAUAUUGAUGCUUGUGCAAAAUACAACAAUGAAUUACAAUAUGUGUCAUUGUAUUGAGACAAUAUAAACAAAUUUCGUAAUCCGAUUUGAUUGGGUAACUUACCAUGAUAUUACUAUAUACAUAUUCAUGAUCUGAUACAUAUAAUGUUUGUUUUGGCUUAAGUUUUAAUUUCUAAUUAAGAUAAAAGUUGAUUUUAUUAUAAAGAGUUAUGGUAGGGCCAGUAAACCUGGUAGAAUAUCAUGCCAUCAAUAUUCUCUAGGUUUGCAGUGAACACAUCAGCAACUAGGUGCUUACCAUCUAUAUUUUUUUCAUCACUUUUAUGUGCAAUUAAAACACUCAACAUUUUACAUGCAUCAUUUCUAGAAGGAAGAUGAAUGUAAAGAUGCUUGUCUUCAUGUUCAUUUGAGUACGUAACUGAACUUUCUAACCUUUUGCAGCAAAGGUCAACCUUACACACUAGUCAAGGCCUAAUCAAAUUGAAAACAGUGUCAAAGGUCAUGGUCAGUCAAAUUUUGAAAGAAAAAAAUCUUAAACCUUAAGCUAGUCAAGGUCAAGCUGAAUCCUUAUAAGCAAAGGUCAUAGGUGAAAUGAUUUUGGUGAGGUAUUUUAACAGUGUCUUAAUGCUUUUGGUUCUGUUUGAGAAAUGAUAAGAGAUUGUGGUUAGUAACUUUUUUUCUAUACAAUGUAUACAUUUUGUUUUCUUUUUUAAAUGUUCUUCAUCAACUCAUUGUUCAUUCACAGUUUCUUCCAGUAUGCUUGUACAGAAAGCAUGAGAGCAUGGUGCUAGGAAGAAGGUCAUGUUCGCAUGGUUUGUACCAUGAGUGGGCGAGAGUGUGAAAGUUAAUGGAGAUGAAAAAUUGUGAGGGUGAUACUGAUAAAUAUAAUUGGAAUACUAGUCGACUCUUAAAUAGUUAUAUAAUAUUACAAUGUUACUUUUCAUAAUUUAAGAAGAAAGUUUCAUACAUGUUAUUAUUGAAAGAUGUUCGUUUCUGGAACAUUCUUGCCAAAAGAAAAUUUCUUGCCCUUGGUGUAUUUUAUCGAUUUAUUUGGCUGAUUUUGUUAUCAGUUCUAUUGUUAAUAUUACAGAAAUGCUUAAAUUGCUACGCAAUAUCUUUUCAAAGUUGAAUCUGCCCGAGGUUUUGUGGUUUUUUUUUUAAUACAAGUUUUCGCUCUCUCUUUCAUUAAAAGUUUUGUCUUUUUUUUUUUUAUCUAUUCCAUCAAUAAAAUGAUUUUUUUAUAUGUUUGAAAAAAUUACGUAAUAUUGCAAAGAAUUUUUUUUUUCUCUUUGAUAAAUCUGAUACAGGUAUUUGUGACCUUGUUAUAUAAAAAACUGUCAGCAUUAUUGUGUGAAAGAUUGUUAACAUUUGGAUGACUCCUCACUUUCCCUCUCUUAUUUUACUGUAAAGCAAUCUCAUUUUGUUUCUAAGGGCAGAGCAGGUUUUAUUAUAUAUUAUGAAUAUUGUAUUUCUUCCAACUUUUGUUGUCAAAUUUUUAUACAUGUUGAUAUGUAAAAAAAAAAAAAAAAAAACUGAUUGCACACAACAUAAACUGCAAAUUUGAAAAAAAGAAAAGAUGAAUGUCCCAUCUUUUUUUUUUAAAUGAUGAUAAUCAAAAGUUUUCAGCAGAUGUCAAAAAUACAACAAGAUUUUGUUAAAAGA